AUGGGGACGAUACCAUUCGGAGAGUGUGUUACCAUUCGGAGUGUGGAGAAUGUGAUGUUUAAGUAUGAUUCCGGUUUAGAUGUCUGUGCCACUUGCCAUGAACACGCUACCUGCAAGCAAACAGAAGGGAUGAAGAUGUGUGUUUGCAAAUAUGGAUUUGUGGGCAAUGGGAGGACUUACUGUAUUGAUAAAAACGAGUGCCAGUUUGGAGCCACUGUGGUCUGCGGAAACCACACAUCUUGCCACAACACGCUCGGAGGCUUUUACUGUGUUUGCCUAGAAGGAUAUCGAGCCACAAACAACAACAAAACAUUCAUUCCCAAUGAUGGCAGCUUUUGCACAGAUGAGGAUGAGUGUGAGGUUUCCGGCCUGUGCAAGCAAGGAGGACGGUGUGUGAACACUUAUGGAAGUUUCGAAUGCUACUGUAUGGAUGGAUUCUUGCCAAAGAAUGGACCCGAGCCUUUCCACCCGACCAGAGAUGCCACGUCAUGCACAGAAAUAGACUGCGGCACCCCUCCUGAGGUCCCAGAUGGCUUUAUCGUCGGAAAUUAUACUUCUAGGCUUGGCAGCCAGGUUCGUUAUGCUUGCAAAGAAGGAUUUUUCAGUGGCUCAGAAGAUACAGUUUCAAGCUGCACAGCCUUGGGCACAUGGGAGUCCCCAAAAUUAAAUUGCCAAGAGAUCAAGUGCGGCCAUCCUCCGCAGGUGCGGCAUGCACUGCUGGUGGGGAAUCACAGCUCCAGCCCGGGCAGUGUGGCUCACUAUGUCUGUCACGAGGGCUUUGAGAGCCCUGGAGGAAAGAUCACUUCUGUUUGCACGGAGAAAGGCACUUGGAGAGAAAGUACUUUGACAUGCACACAAAUAAUUACAGAAAUUAGUGAUGUAUCAGUGUUUAAUAAUACCUGUGUGAGGUGGCAGAUAAAUCCAGGAAGGAUCAUCUCCAAGAUUGUUUACGUGAUAUACAUGAAAGGACAACGGUUGCACCCUGUGGGAUCAGUUCACGAGGAGACAGUCAACGUGACCACAGACAGCAGGACCCCAGAAGUGUGCCUAGAUCUGUACCAAGGCACCAACUACACCGUGAGCGUCUCCACCGCCCCCCCCCGCCGCUCCGUGCCGGCCAUCAUUGGGUUCCAGACGGCUGAAGAUGAUCUCUUAGAAGAUGAUGGAAUUUUCAAUAUUUCAGUAUUCAGUGAAGCUUGUUUGAAACUGAACAGGCACCCUAGGAAACUCGGAUCAGAACAAAUGUACCAAUUUAAAGUUCUGGGUCAAAGGUGGUAUCUGAAUAAUUUUUAUCAUGCAACAUCAUUUAACUUUACAACAAGGGAACAAGCUCCAGUGGUGUGUUUAGACCUGCACCCAGCAACUGAUUACACAGUGAAUGUCACUGUCCUGGGAUCUUCUGAGCAGCACUCUGUGCAAAUAAUGAUGGCAAUGGCACCAGCAGUAAAACAGAUCAUCGGUAACAUUUCAAUAUUUAAUGAAACCUGCUUGAGAUGGAGAAGUAUAAAGACCGCUGAUACAGAGGAGAUGUAUUCAUUCCACAUUCGGGGCCAGAGAUGGUAUCAGAAGGAAUUUGCCCAGGAGAUGAUCUUUAAUAUCACUGCCAGGAGCCAGGCUCCUGAGAUGUGCUUGGACCUGCGUCCGGGUACCAACUACAGCAUCAGCGUCCACGCUUUGUCUUCUCAGCUUCCUGUGGUCCUCUCCCUGACAACCCAGAUUACAGAGCCUCCCCUUCCGGAAGUAGACUUUGUCACAGUGCAUGGAGGGCCUCUGCCACGUCUGAGACUGAGGAAAGCCAAGGAGAAAAAUGGACCUAUCAGUUCAUAUCAGGUGUUAGUGUUUCCCCUGGCCCUCCAAAGCACAUUUUUUUGUGAUUCUGAAGGGACCACCUCAUUCUUUAGCAACACUUCUGACGCUGAGGGAUAUGUGGCUGCAGAACUACUGGCCAGAGAUGUUCCAGAUGAUGCCAUGGAGAUAUCUAUUGGAGACAGGCUGUACUAUGGGAAAUACUAUAAUGCACCUUUGAAAAAAGGGAACGAUUACUGCAUUAUAUUACGAAUCACAAGUGAAUGGAAUAAGGUGAGAAGAUGCUCCUGUGCAGUUUGGGCUCAAGUGAAAGAUUCGUCAUUCGUGCUGCAGCAGAUGGUGGGCGUCGGGCUGGGCUCCAUGGCCGUUGUGAUUGUUCUCGCAUUCCUCUCCUUCUCAGCCGUGUGAUUGCAGAUGGGCGCUACGUGUGGGGGAUGCAGUGCCGCUGGGGGCAGGUGUAAUGACAGCCUCUCAGGUGCCUGCCUACACAGAGGCCCCAUGUGGCUUCCAUCCAGGUGUGUCUGGGUCUGCAACUCUUUCCAUCCCCAGCUUGGCCCCAUUUCUGGAUUCAAGACGGUGAAUACAUCUGUGGAACCCUCCAAGAGGAGGAAACUCAGGAAUUGCUGACGUCUUCUCUGCCUACUACACAACCAGUUCUGUGUCCGUGUACUUGAGACCCGUGAUAGACAGUGUAAUAUUGACCACAGGCUACAAAUCAUGUGGGUUGGACCUUUGUCUUCCUCUGAGUGAUUCCUGAGAGUCAGCUCUUCUGGAAAUUGAAUGCAAGAGAGUCUCUGCACCUUCCUUUAUAGCAUCUCUGGAUUAAUUUGGAAUCAUCCUUUUACAAUGAGCAAUGAGAUGGACUUAAGUUUGGGCUAGAAUUUGCCUUUAUGAAGGAGGCCAUCAAAAAGGAUAGAGAUCAUUGACAGAGGCAACUUGUCAAACAUUUUAGAAGCAACCCCUUUCCUACAAUUAAUUGACAUACUAAUAGAAAGUAUACUAACCUGGCCACUCCAGUAAGUUUCCUGCAAUGUCUGUUAGGCAGCGUUGCUUUGAUACAGAUCCAUGGGUCUCACAGGUAUUCAAAAGCCAUAAGUUUUCAUUCAAAUAAAAAUAUUCUGUUAAUUUAGACAGUUCUUCUCUUCCACACCAAAGUUUAUAGCAGUCUUGGCUAACUUUUUUCAUUACUCUCUCUUAAAAAUGCCCUUGUCUUCCUUUAGAUUGGGUGCUCAUGUAGUAACAAUGGGCUGAAACACUGUCAAGCCCAUGGCCAGCGUCCAUGUGUUUACAGGGAAGGGGGAAGAAUGUGAGUGAUGUGAUCUUCCCCUUUACCUACAGCCUCAGUGACAAUGGCUGUUACUUUAUCAUGAACCAUGACACAUUAGAUGUAAGCGGUCCUGGGCCCGCUCUCAACUUGCUGAAUUUACAGAUGGGCGUAUUAGAUUGGACUUUUAAAACCUGAAUCAGUGUUCUUUAACUUUCCUCCCUAACCGAUGGUGUGACUCCAAGGCUCAGUAAGAAACGAAUGGAGCAGAGG